UCAAGCACGAAAGUUUUGCGCCCAAUCGCAGCAAUGGCGCAAAGCAAAGCGACGAAAAAGUUCGAGCAGCGUCAUCUCAAGGAUACCUUGGAACGUCGAAAAGGUUUCAAACAGACGAAGCAAAAGUUGCAAUUGAAGGCCAAGAAGAAAGCCCGACGCGCGGAAGAAAAUGGCCGAGAUGUCAAUGCCGACGAAGAUGACAAGGCGAGUGCUAAAGGCAAGCAAGAACAGGAGAAGCGCGCCUUCAAUGACAUGAGCGUCGAUGACUUCUUCCAAGGUGGAUUUGAGGUUCCCGAAUUGCCUAAAAAGAAAGGCAGCAAAAGGAAACGGCAUGCGGAAAACGACGAGGACUCGGAGUCUGACUCCGGUGAUGUUCCUUCGCAUGAGGCGCAGGGAGCUGACGAUGAAUCGGACUCCAAUUCCGAAGGCGAUCUUGAGGAGUUCAAGGAGCAAUUGAACGCGCUGGCUGAGAAAGACCCCGAGUUCCACAAAAUGCUCCAACAGGAUGAGCCAGAGGUCUUUGACGAUCUAGACGGUCUGCAACUCAGCGACGAUGAGCCGGAACCAAAGCGCAAGAGGCAGAAACAGGAUGACAGCGACGAGGAUGAGGAUAUGGACGACGGGCCUGGCGACAAAAACGAGCUUGGAAUGGCUACAUUACAGAAGUGGCGGACUUUGAUGAGUGAGCAGCACUCCAUGCGUGCAGCGAAAGAGGUGGUGAUCGCAUUCCGCUCUGCUGCUCAAGUUUCUACGUCCGACGCAGAGGACAAACCAUUCAAAUACUCUGUGUCUGACCCGGAGGUCUAUCACCAGCUGCUUCUCACAGCUCUCAAACAAGUUCCAAAGAUCUUCGAGCAUCAUCUUCCAGUACAGGAGACCAAGACCGGCAAAGUGCAUGUGCCGACAGAUUCAAAGAAAUUCAAGACGCUGGCGCCGCUGCUUCGCACUCAGAUUUCCGGACUGCUGCGAUUAUUAGAGAACCUUUCCGACGCCUCGACUCUUCGACUUACACUCUCAUCUCUACUCCCCUUACUUCCUUACCUGCUGUCUUUCAAAAAGCUAGUCCGUGAUGUCGCGAAAGCUGUCACCGAAGUAUGGGCCACUGGAUCCAAUACUGAGGCCACCCGAAUUGCUGCAUUCCUUGUGAUGCGCCGCCUGGUCGUGAUCGGUGAUGCUGGUAUUCGAGAGAAUGUUUUGAAAGCGACGUACCAAGCACUAGUCAAGAGCAGCCGCAAUACAACAGUCCACACGAUAUCCGGUGUCAACCUGAUGAAGAAUUCUGCCGCUGAGCUUUGGGGACUUGCAGGUGGUGAAGGCGGUGUUGCUUACACAACUGCCUUUGCAUUCAUACGCAGUCUUGCCAUGCAUCUCCGGAACAGCAUCACCAAUAAUUCGAACGAGAGCUAUAAGACAGUCUACAACUGGCAAUUUGUGCACAGCUUAGACUUCUGGAGUCGUGUCCUCGCUUUACAUGGCGCCGAGCCGGACACUCCGCUCAGACCUUUGAUCUAUCCUCUUGUCCAAGUUACACUUGGCGCACUGAGGUUGAUUCCGACGGCGACAUAUUUUCCACUACGCUUCCAGCUCACACGCUCGCUACUGCGAGUCAGUCUCUCAACAAGCACAUACAUACCUCUCGCGGCGCCAUUAUACGAAGUUCUAGCAAGUGCGGAGAUGAAGAAAGCUCCGAAGCCAAGUACCUUGAAGCCACUCGAUUUCAGUACGACCAUUCGUACGCCCAAAUCAUAUCUGCGCACCCGAACAUAUCAAGAUGGUGUGGCUGAACAAGUGCAGGAGCUGCUCUCUGAAUUCUUCGUGCUGUGGGCCAAGAAUAUCGCUUUCCCGGAGCUUGCUCUGCCAGUUGUGAUUAUCCUUCGGCGUUGGCUCAAGGACGCUAACCGUCGCGGCACCAUUAAAGGCGGCAACAAGAACCAGAAAGUGAAUACUGCGAUCCAGCUGCUGGUUCAAAAAGUCGAGGCCAACUCAACAUGGAUCGAGGAGAGGCGUGCGAAGGUCGAGUUCGCUCCCAAAAAUCGACGCGGUGUGGAAAACUUCCUGAACGAUGUCUCGUGGGAGAAAACGCCGCUUGGUGCGUAUGUUGUCGGGCAGCGGAAAACUCGAGCGGAGAAGGCGAAGGUUUUAGACGACAGUCGCAAGGAGGAAGAUCGACGACGCAACAAGGCCCAGAACGAGAAGAGCAGAACUGAGGUCUUCGAUGAUCAGGAUGAAGAGGACGAGGAUGACGAGGAUGAAGAUGACGAAGACGUUGAGGACGAGGAUGAGGAGGAUGAAGAUGAAGACUAAAUCCGGUUGGAAAUACUUCUUGCUUACCUCUCUUCACUUGCAAAAUUGUACGACUAUGCCUCGUAACCCGGUCAUCCCUCUGGGGCAGCCAAGGAGGCAAUUUUCGAUAGAACAGCAGAGCCGAGAAUUGAAUAAAGAAUUAAUUCAUCAAAGGAUUUGUUGUACAAUUCCAA